AAGUAAAGUCUGUUUAUGUGCGCGCGCGUGUGUUGAUGGCAGCCUCCAGUGACAGCAUGCAGAACAUAAACAGCGCGCUCUGGCAGAUAGCCACAGAAAAACUUACAAACACACAUCUCACAACUUUGAAAACUGUGACGACAGCUUUACGGGAUGAGCAGUUCAGAGCCAGUGUUGACAGGGAGGCUCUUGGAAACCUCUUUGCAGCGUUGUCAAAACUUUCUGUGGAUGUUGAGCAUUUGAUUGAGAAGAUAGAUUCACAAGAAGAAGAAGAAGCAUCUCUAUGCCUUAAACUCACCGCAGAGUGUUUCAGAGCGCACAGAAAUGCCUGUGUGCAGUGCCCUCAAAACCAGUGCUGUCUGAGAGAUCUAGGCUCUAUCAAGCUAUCUUUUGAGAUUUUGAACAGACUCCUGAAGAUUUCAUCAGGAGGUUCAAAUGAGAUUCAUGACGCACUUCGAUGUGGGAUUCAGUUUCUUGGUAACAUUGCUGUUGGAAACCAGCUUUGCAAAGAUGACAUCUGGGAGCUUGGUUUCCCACGCAUCUUCUGGGAUCUUUUGGAGCUUGCGGAUGAGAAAGCGGUUUCAUACACAUGUAUGGUGAUCCACACUUGUCUGGAUGAACACAAGAUAGAGCAGCUAGUUAAAGACACACAGCAGCUUAAAUUGUCCCUGAAGAUCAUGGACUUGUGCAAGACAUUGCCUGAUGUGGACUGGACGGUUUUUAUUGUCACACAACACUUCCUCAAGUCGUCAGAGCUUGUAAGGAAGAUGUACACCGAAAUGUCCAAUGAGGAAAGGCUCACACUGCUGGAGCUGAUUUUAGCACAGCUUGGUGUCGUUGAGGAGGAGAACUGCUUAAUGCCGCUGAGCACAGCUCAGUUCCUGGCUUCCUGCUUCUCUGAUCACUGCAGAUCUGUUCUCACUCUGAGCUCUGAAUCAUCAGAUGACCAGGAGGCUAUGGUUGUCAUCAGGCUUUUGGACAUCCUUUGUGAAAUCACCUCUGGCUGCAAGGAGUUCAUGGCACUGCAGGAUCACUCUGACCUUUUGAGCGCAACAGUCGAUCUCUUAAAAGAGGUCCACUUAUUGGGCAAAACCAGUAGAAAUGUGUUCACCGCAGCACAGGAUUUCUCCUUGACAAGGCCAGGGGGGGCCGACACCCAUCCUGCCCUCAGUUUCAAAGCUCAUCUCGUUCGCCUCAUUGGGAACCUAUGUCAUGGCCACAUUGUCAACCAGGACAAGGUAAGAGAACUGGACGGUAUAGCUCUCAUUCUGGACAACUGCAGCAUUGACAGCAACAACCCCUUCAUAAGCCAGUGGGCUGUGUUUGCCAUCCGGAACAUCCUGGAACACAACCUAGAGAAUCAGAAGCUGAUACAAGGUCUUCGGAGACAAGGUGUGGCAGACGACACGAUGCUCAGAGAAAUGGGCUUCAGAGUGGAAGAAAGGGAUGGAAGUCUACUGCUUAGGCCCCUAAAGAAGGACCCAUAGUUGAUUAAGUAGAGCUGGGAGACCCCACACCCCUUUACCAUGCUAUAUUACACCCUGGAGAUGGCUUAAAAUGCCCACAACACACUGGGGUCAUUAAAUAUCCAAUCAGUAGUUGGCAGCACAAGGGGGUGGUCUGGGCUUUGUGUUCUCCACAGAAGAGGAAAUCAAUCAGAGGAGCUUAUCUGAGAGGACUCAUGCUGAUGUCUGUGAUGCAUUUAGUGGUCUUUGAUUCCAACCCCCUCCCAAAGUGGGAUUCAAAUCCUAUGAAACAAGGAGAACCGUGUCUUCCUGGCUUUUCAGCCACUAAAGAGACUGGUGGCCAAUAGGGAGUAGAGGUUAAUCCCUAAUUCAGUGCAUUUUAUAGAGGCCAGACCGCCCCUUGAUCUGUAUACGUAAAGUUAGUCUCUGAAUAGCCGCGAGACUCGGAUCCUUCUUUCUGAAAGCUGACUAAAGAUUUUGUGCUUUUAAUCAAGUUUGUUUACAAAGCCAUGCAAUUUCAACAAUUCGCCUAUUAUUUGAACAAACGUCCCGUGUAGAUGGAGAUUGCUGUUUGAUAGGGCUGUCUAUUUAAUUUUUAUUUAGUGCAUUUAUUAUAAUAAAAGUGCAUUUAUUAUAAUAAAAUAACAAUUCGCAAUUA